AUGAGCAAAACGAAUUCAAACCCCGACGUCGAUCCAAAACGAUUGUUUGCACUUCGCGCUCUUCAAGAAAAAGUGAAAGGUGCUGAAUACAAAAUGAUAAAAGACACUGAUGCAAAAACAAAACAAAACAUUCAAUUAAACGAAGAGGUGACAAAAAAAAUCAUCCCUUAUAUUAUCGGCGAAAAAAAUGCAAAGAUUGAAGAAUUAAAGAAUUUCAAACCCUUACAAACCCCAAAAGAAACCUCAAAGUAUAUUGGAAUUCCCUGUUUCUGGGGACGACUUUUUGUGAUUGAAAAAUUGUCAGAGGAUGGUGACUUUGAAGCUGACAAAACGCUUUUAGUCGCGCUGAGUAACGUGGAGGUGACGGAAGCAACUGAAUUUGAUGAUGCGAAAACUAAAGUUAAAUUAAUAAAGAACAUCACACUGAGUUUCAACGAAACGCAAUUGACGCCAAAACAACAAGUCCAAGUUGAGUUGAAAUUUGAAACGAGUUUUUGUGGGAGUGAAGAACCACAAAAUAUUGAACUAAAAGUGAUUCACCCUUUCACUUUCACACAAGAAAAUCCAUACACAAAAAUUGAAAAAGGAGAGAUGACGUGUUUCUUUCCAUUUUUCGGGACGUGCGAUGAUAAAAAGAAUUUAGUCGAUUGGUUCACUGUAGUUUCUAAACUUCGAAAUAACUUUGAGUCUUCGUUGCUUCAUUUUAAAGAAGAUUUACACAUCGACCAAGGAAUGUCAGUAGAGGAACAACACAACGAAAAAGUGGAGGAAAUGCCGCAACGAAAACGAAAGGAAGGAGGCGUCGCUGACUUAGAACCCAAACAGUCCGUAAGAAAAUUGACACGUGAAGAGGGAUGUAAGAAUCAAUAA